AUGGCCGAUCCCGUAGCCGAAGCCAUCCGCAUCAUCCAUGACGCCGAUUUCACCCCCUUGGAGCAUGAGAUUCUCGCCGACGACUUUGUCCAGGGCGCGCUUGACCCAACACUCGCCGCUGCUGAGGUCCUGCGGGCUGUCAAUGGACGCGACCACGGCGUGUCCGUGGAUGAAGCGCUCCUGACCCUGAAGCGUGACUGGCACGAAUUACUUCAGCUAGUUGCUCAGCCUGCACCAGUCACAGACUCGGUUAAGCAACUUCUCAACUUACGCGACAAUGGACACUGCUGCGUGACGCCUGCAGACUACAAACACAUUCAUGUAGAACCUAGUCAUGUCAUUUCACCAGCACUCAAGGCUCUCUGGGAGAAUAAUGGGAACCCAAGGCUAUUUGCUGUGCUCACCGCCUACCUAACCCCAGCAAAGGUGCAGACCCUCAAGAAAUUAAUCUCACCUGCCUCAGAUAGCAUGGCCCUGUACAAUGUUCUGCUCCUCUCGCCUAGUUUGGGCUAUUCAAUGCGAAACGGGCAUGUUCAAAUUAUGCCACCCAAGAUGUACUGGACUCAAGACAACAAACCGACAGUAUCCAGCACCGCAUCCUCGGUAAAAGUGAUAUCUCAUUUUAGAGCAUAUUACGGCGACACAUUUCUCGCAAAUGGCCAGUCGCUUCGCAACGAGCGGAAGAGAAGCAGUCUUCACUUGAAGACGCACAACCCUGAGACUCUACCACUACCACACCCUGAACUGCUUGAAAUACAGGUGAAGCUCGGCCAGGCCUUGCUCAACUUUUUCACCGAGCAGUUUGUAAAGACCAAUGGUGCGAUUUUAUCUGAGUCAGACCCAUCGAACUUCUGGAGUAGACCAUUUCAACUUCUCUUUCGCAGACUGUGGCACCUUGUCCCAUUCUUCAUCCGUGCAAAAGGCUACCAAUAUUUGUUCCGAUCUGCUGCCAUGUAUGGGUCCAUGAGUGUCUACGAGCUUCCGCUGGGCCUUUUCGCGAAGCGGUGCGAUCGAAGCGACGACAAUGAGCCUGCUGCGCUUGCUCUAUUGGAAAAAUACGCCCCGGAUGUUCCCGCUCCUUUGCUUAUUGACAAGUUCCAAGAUCUGGACAAUGUUAAAUGGAUGAUUUCGACAAAACUUCCUGGUACAGUCACAAUGGCAACCAUCUUUCGCAUGUCGUAUCCCCAGCGUCGCGAAUUUGUUCGAGAUUUGGCGGCGGUGAUAAAACAGAUUAACGAUAUACCGAACAACACCGGCCGGCUCAUAUGCGGUGCUGGGGGCGGGCGCAUUUACGACUGGCGCUGUGCCAUGGCGAAUGGAUGCGGCCCGUUUAAUACCGAGGAAGCUUUCUCCAGGCACCUCAGCCGAGACUCGUACGUGGAGGACGCCAUCCCUUCUGCAUUUGAAACGAAGCACAGGUCGGUAUUCACGCAUUCGGAUCUUCAUACAUGCAACAUAUUAGUGCAUAACGGUCGUUUGACGGGGAUAGUGGACUGGGAAAGCUCCGGGUUCAUGCCCGAGUAUUGGGACUUUACCAAAGCCAUGCGGACCACGAAGAACAAAGACGAAAUAGACAUGUACCGCAAAAUUUGGGGUCACAAAUAUGAUCAUGAACUGGAAGUGGAAAAGUACCUUUGGCAAGGUUGUCCCCUCGGAGGGCCGGACGAACUCGAACAUGAGCGGGUGGCGCUUCCGCCCACAAAUUGGCCACUGGCUAGGUUUCAUGCUCUGAUAGAACCUUGA